AUGACCCAGCCAGGGACCUGCAACCCUGACAUCUACCAUUUUCAAACGUGGUGCAUCAAGGUGUCAGCUGGGGCCAGCUCCACGGGUGUCCAGAAGGAGAUAACUGAGAAUGGAGGUGGAGAGGCUGGGCCCGAGGCCACGCUGGGGACAGAGGUGUACACACACAUGCACACACACACGCACACAUGCUGUGCCCAGAACACGGUGUUCGAUUCCACAGCACUGUUCCUGGAAAGGGACGGGCAGCAUUCAGAAAAGCCACACAGCCACACCAUGGCCGACAGGACCUCCUCAGCCAGGUCCCAGAACCCCAGGUCAGCCCAGCGCCAGGCAGGGGCACCCAUCUGCUUCAAGAUGCUCCGGGACCUGAAUAGUUCAGACCCCCUCCACCUGAAGUACAUCAUCAAGGAAAUCAAGUACGUGGCUCACGGGGACCCCAACCUGGUGCUGGAAACCAUCCAUGACUACUUUGUAGACAACCUGGAGAUCUCCGCCUGGCACAAGUUCUGGCUCUUCCACGUCCUGGAGGCUGUCAUUGGAGCCAGUGAGUCCCUGGAGGAGACCUGGGAGAAGACCUUCAUGCAGCUGGCCCUGGAGAACAUGACCAAGUCCACGGAGCUGGAGGAGGCCCACCGGGACGCGGCCAGCAACGUGCUGGUGGCCAUCUGCAGGCACUUGUGGCGGCUGGUGGCCCAGCACCUGGAGACCGAGGUCCUGUCGGGAGUCUUCCCGCCCCGCAGCCUCCUCUACGUGAUGGGCGUCCUGACCUCUAACGAGGAGCUCUUCAAGGAGGGAGAGAAGGCUUGCUGGGAAGAGCAGCUGGCCCAGAUGGCCGUCAAGUCAGUCCAGCUUCUGAACACAGAAGUGUGGUCCAAGGAGCUGCUGGGGGUACUCAGCAAGCCCGACCGGACACAUCAGGAGCAACCCCUGGAGAAGGCCUUUCUGCUCAUCUACUCUGGGCUGAUCCUUCAAGCCGAGGAGAACAGCACCACGGUCAGGACACACCUGAGAACCCUCCUGGAAACGUCCCACCAGUGGCCCAAGCAGAGAGAGGGGAGGACCCAGCCAUCUGGGGCUGCUGCAGCCCGCCACCUGGACCACGUCUGGGCCGUCCUGGAGCAGUUUGGCCGGAGCACGCCCGUCAAGUGGAGCCUGCACAGCUUCUCCCCGAAGGAUGAAACCCUGAAGCAGAGCUUCCUCACGGCCAUCCUCAUGCCGGUGGGGGCUCUCAGCUGCAACGAGGGUGCCCAAAGCUACGAGCUCUCCCAGGUCUCUGAGCUCUUCGAGUGUCUGAUGCUUCUGAUGGAGAAGGAGCCCCAGGACAUGCUGUGCAUGUCGACUCGCCAACAGGCCAUCCACAUCAUCUCCAGCCUCUGCAAGAUGAGGCCGCCCCUGGCCUUGGAGAAGAGAUCUCGGCUUCUGCCCAUCAGCCUCCGCAGGGUGUUGUCCCUGCCGCAGCUGGAAGUCCUGGAGAAACACACCUGCCUCGUUCUGGAGCCACCCAACACACAGGUCUGGCCCGUCGGGAGGCCUCAGGCCUCCCUUCAUCCCACCGGGGCUUGGCCGCCACCUGAGCUGCUCCACGUUCCUGCACAGACCCUCUGCAACAAGACCUCGGAGGCCCUGGACCAGGUGCUGCAGAGCUUCAUCGUGCAGAACCCCACGGCCGACGAGCUGCACUUCCUGCUGUCGCUGAGGGCGCACAUGUACGUCUGGCUGGCGUCAGAGAGGGCAGAGGAGCGGCAGCGGGCUGUACACAGCUGCAUGGCCCUCCUCAAAUUCCUGAGCCACAACCUCUACCUGGACCCAAAAGAGGACUUCAAACGGAUUGGGCAGCUGGUGGGCAUGCUGGGGAUCCUGUGCCAGGACCCAGACAAGGCCACCCAGUGCUCCAGCCUGGAAGGGGUGGGCCAUCUCUACAAGCUCCUGAUGCGCCACAGAGGGAAAGCCUCGCAGGUGCAAGCACCGUCCCCCAAGCAGCUUUCCCAGGCCAGCGCGGAUGGAGCCCCACUCUGGAGCGGCAGGGACCAGAAGGCCGCCCCCCCCCAGCCCCCGGGAAAAGCGCUCUCGAAGGACCGCGUCUUCCAGCCCGGCAGCUCCCAAGUCAUCAAGGAGAUCAUGAAGCAUCUCACGAUGGCAGAGCUGCCCGACCUCAUCUGGACGGCUGUGGACAGCCUGGGCUCCACCAGCCCCUUCCGCGUGCAGGCGGCCGCCGACAUGCUGCUCACUGCCAUCCAGGAGCACAGGGCCAAGCUGGAGACCGUGGCCAACCUGGGCCGGGCCAUCCACCUGCAACUCAGCUCUGUCCGCAUCCCCCAGGGCAAGGAAAACGCCCUGCAGGCCAUCACCCUGCUGGCCCGGAACCGCACCCCCGAGCUGGUGGCCGCCUUCCUGGACUUCUCCAUACCCCUGGACAGCCAUGCCUUCCGUCUGUGGAGGGCCCUGGGGGCCGAGCGGCUGAGCUGCCUGGUGCUGGCCGAGCUGCUGGCCUGGGUGCUGGAGCGACCCCUACCCACCAGGACCAGUGACGGCAGCCCCCGGCCCACGGAGAAGGCCUACCUGCACUCCAUGGCCGCCAUGAACGCGCUGCAUGAGCUGCAGUUCGCCCGAGGGUUCAAGAAGGCCGUGCGGGAGGCCUGCCCCAAGCUCUUCCUGGCCCUCCUCACCCAGAUGCACUGCAUCUUGGAGCUGAACCUGCCCAAGGAGCCCCAGCCCGGCCCGGAGGCCCAGGAGGCAGCUGUGCCCAGCGCCCGGAGCUGUCACACGUCGCUGGGUGCACUGCAGGGCCUGCUGCCCGCCACCGGACACUGGCAGGACUUUGCCCACCUGGAGCUGCAGGGAGCCUGGGACCUCUUCGCCACCACCCACACCGACCCGCAGGGCGUGGGCCUUCUCGCCAGGGCCACGGUGCAGAACCGCUGCAAGCAAGUCAAGGCACUGAUCAUCCAGCGGCUACCCCACCUGCGGAGCCAGGAGGAGCGGGGGAGGAAGGCAGCCAUCAUCAUCCUCACGGGGUUCCUCUACAGCCCUGCCCUGCUGGAGGUGCUCCCCAAACAGGCCGCCCUGACCAUGCUGGCCCGAAGCCUCAGGGACCCCAGCCCCGAGGUCCGCGUGCUGAGCCUGCAGGGCCUGGGAAACAUCCUCUUCCACCCAGACCGGGGACGCCUGUUCCGUGGACUGCCGGCGCCCUUCCUCGACGGCUUCUUCCACAGCGGCGAGCCGGUGGUGGUGCGCGUCAUGGGCACCGUGUCGGACGUGCUGCACCGCCUGGGCGCACACAGCACAGAGGCCCAGAGCCUUGGCAUCGCCAUCAACGCCCGCUCCUUCUCCGACGACGAGCGGGAUGGAAUCCGGGCAGCGGCCAUGGCACUGUCCGGGGAGCUGGUGGCGUCAGUGACAGGCAGAAAGCUCAGUGGCCUGAGAACCCAGGUGCACCAGAGCAUGGUGGCCCUGCUCCUGCACCUGAAGGACAGCUGCCGGGCCGUCGUCACGCAGGCCAAGCUCGCCUUCCACCGCGGCUCAGUGCUACUCCGAUGGCGGCUGCGGCACACCCUCUCCUGCACGCCGACCUGGGAGGCGAGCCUCAGCGCCCGCCACUUCCUCUGGAGCUGCCUGAUGAGCCACAGCCAGGAGGGUCUCAGCAUCCACUUGGCACAGGCCCUCAGCUACCUGCACAGCCACCGUCGUCACAUCAAAACCCGGGCAGCGCUCUUCAUGGGUUAUACCAUCUGCCACCACCCCCAGGCCGUGUCCCAGAUGGUCAAGGACAUGGACACGAAGCUGCUGUUCUGCACUUUUGAGGAUCUUAAGAAUGACCCAGAGCCCGGCAUCCAAGAACUUGCCACCAGGCAGUCCUCCUUCCUUCAGCAGAUGGCAGCCAGACUGCGCCCCAUGCUCACCGUGUCAGGGGAACCAGGCAAGCCCCAGGAGACACUGGCAGACCUAGGGGAGGGCGGGGAGACCAUGCCCCCCCGAGACAAACUGGGAAGUCUGUGCAGCGCCCUGCAAAUGACAGCCCCUCCCCUCAUGGAGAUCAGGCAGAGCUUCCACCCGGAGUGCCUUGCCCACAUCCCCAGCCUCGGCACCUCCACAAGCCCCAUCCCUCGAGGGCCUGCCAAACAAGGCUCCCUGCCCCUCGUCAGCCCCUCCUGA